CUUCCUCUGAUGUAAGUCUGUAUAAUUGCGCUGAAGUCUGUAACCCUCACUUGGCGUAAUGAGAAAUGGCUCCCCUGUGGGAAAAUUAUGUCCUGGUGAUAUCGUCUCCUUAAAAAAACAACUCAAACCACAAAACAUACUUAAAUAUUGUCUGGAAACAUGAACUAGAUGACCUCCUGAGGUCCCCUCCAACCUGCAUUAUUCUGUGUUUGUGUGCUGCUGCUGUUUGUUCAUACAGCAUUUUGCAGGAUGGAGUCCCGGUUCCUAACUGAAGCCGCGUUGUGCAGGGCAGCGAUACAGCCUGCUCCGCUGGGCGAGGUGGAAGUGCAGUGAUACACAGCCACAAGAUCGAGUGGUGUGUUAACAGCACAGGGCGUGCCGCUGUCAGCUGGGAUUAUUGAAACAGCUUCAGCCCUCUUUCCCUCUCUGUGGCAACCCCAAAUCUGCCUGAGCACUGCUAUCACGCUACAGAUUACAUGAAAAAGGCACUGGUGGAGAAGCUGAGGCACUAAUACCUUAAGACCUACAUUUUCAUGCUUGCUUGACUUGCAAAACAGCAGCCCACCUCUUCAAGACUUUUUCUAACAGCGUGAAAUCUUAUGAAACAGUGUUAGCGCAUUUUGAUACUGGAAUGAUGACUACUCAAGAAGCUGUCAAGAAGAAGCAAAACUAUACUAGUGUACAUGAGGCAGUGAAAGCUGGUGAUGUAGAACAGCUUGUGUCAAUGAUAAAAAGUGGAGCUGGCAUUAAUGAGGUGGAUUUAGUCCACAAAUUCACACCGUUGCACUGUGCUGCACACUCUGGAAGUCUGGAGGCUUUGUUAAAAAAUGGAGCAAACGCAGAAGCUCAAGAUGAUCGUGGAUGCACUCCGUCCCACUUAGCUGCAGCCCACGGGCAGUCUUACACCUUACAGACCCUGCUGCGGAGUGGAGCGAAUGUAAAUGUUUCGGACAGGAAUGACUGGAAGCCUGUUCAUUACGCUGCUUUUCAUGGUCGCUUGGGGUGUUUGCAGCUUCUUGUUAGAUGGGGAGCCUGUAUAGAUGAUGUGGAUAACAAUGGAAACCUUCCAGCUCAUCUGGCAGCAGUGGAAGGGCACUUGCCUUGCUUCAAGUUCUUGGUCAGUAAAAUGGCCAGUGUCGUGCACACGCUGAAAGCCAGGAAUGACCACGGAGAGACUCCAAGGGACUUGGCGGAACGGUUCUAUAAAGAUAAUAUUCUGCAGUAUAUCGACGGUGCAGAAAAAGAGGAAGGGCAUCCAGAGACACAGGAAGUUUUAGCUUUCCCAGCCCAUGACGCUGUUUUCAAAGGGGACUUGUUAGAGCUUAGACGAUUAGUGAGAAGUGGAGUAAUCAAUAUUAAUGAGCGGGAUGAUAAAGGAUCCACUCUCAUGCACAAAGCUGCGGAACAGGGGCAUAUCCAUUGCUUACAGUGGUUGAUCGAAACGGGAGCCGACUGUGACAUUACAAAUGACGCUGGAGAGACUCCAAAGGAUGUAGCCAAGAGAUUUGCCCAACUGGCAGCUGUGGAACUUUUGACACAAACAGCUGGAGACAGUACCUCUAGUGAUGAAGAACUAGAUGCAAACAACGUAAAGUUUUUUGAAAGACAUGGUGUGGAGGGGAGUACAGAUAGCAAAGAAGAUUUAACCCUGGAUAAAGCAGAGAAAAGGAACGCACGCAUAAGGGCCUACCGCAAGAUUCAAGAACUUCAACACCACCUAGAAAUUGCCUACAGCAACUACAGACAGCUGGGAGGAAUAACUGAAGAGGAGAAGAAGAUGAAAAAGGAAGAAAGGGAAGUUGAGAAGGCUGUGAGGGAGCUGGAGGCCCAGCUGGAAUAUGAGCGGGUCAGGCGGGAGAAGCUGGAAAGCCAGCUGGAUGACUACCGUGCUGAGAUAAGCCACCUUAGAGAGAGCCUGGAGAAAACGCGCGUCCCCCCUGCUGUCCCCCUGGAAGCUGAGAGCGUCUCCAAGUCUUGCAAAGAGAAAAAGAAAGCAAAGAAGAAGCCAGCGGGCAGCCCUGGAGGAGUGUUUGUGAGACUGCGCUGAGGAAUGAACCUCCGAGGAGGGACAGGCAGACGGAGGAGGGAGAACGGCAAUAUCCCAGACAACGCAAAGCGUUUGCGUACCCAGCUCCACAGAUGAGCCGCGGUUCAUUGUUCUAUUCAUUGCUCUAUAGUUCGCUGAACUAUUUUUUUAGUUCUCUGGGACAGAAAAUAUUUUUAAAUCACAGCAGCAGCAUUUUUUUAUUUAAAAAUAGAAAAAGCAGAAGGAUGUCUCUUCCUGUCCAGGUAGUAGUUUAGCAACAGCUUUGCAGGCUAUAAGGUGACAUUUCAAGAGGUAACUGCAGCACUGGCAUAGGCCCUCCCAGGCCUGAGAACAGCGUUCCCGUUUGACUAGUGCCUUAGGAGGGAAAAAAAGCACCUUAACAAUCGGAUAGAACCUUCAGCGUGCAACCGGAACACAGUCUGGGAGAAGCACUUCUCAGCAGCCAAGUGCCAGGUCCCUUGAUUUCCAUCAUCAAAUCAUUCCUAAACGAGCCAGGAGGUAACUCCUUCAUGAGGUGGCAGAUGAACUGCGGCUGUGGACUUCCCAGUCCAGCUCGGGGCUGAAGAGUUCAUUAGGAUACGGGGCAUGUUGCAGGUAGAAACGGCAAUACUGACCUCCCUUCUGUGCCGAAGACACAGGCCAUGACUUUACGUAUCAAGAUUUUUCUCUCAUCUGUGUGCUACUGUGAAACUCUUUUCCCUUUGAAACCCUCACCGGGCAUAAUAUUUUGAGAGUUUUGAUUUCAGUACAAAAUCCUUCCAUUAUAAAGUUAAUUUGCUCGUGCUUGAAUCCUGAUCUGCCCUCUCCUUAGUUACCAAAGGAAACUCAGUCUCUGAGAAUUGCAAAGGUACUGAAAAAAAAAAAUCACUUUGUUUUGUGUGCCCAGGCUGAGGAAGAGGCACACCAAGUGACAGCAUGAGCCUUGUACCAGAGCUAAGGAGGAGAAAUCCAGUCUCCAGAGCCUGCCUCCGUGCCUAGGGGAGGAUGGUAGCGAGACGCUGCAGCAGAUGGGGUAUUUCCUACAUCACCGUUGGUGCUAAAUUCUCACGUAGGAACAGUGCAAAAAAGAUCAACCCGAGUCGUUCUGCAUCCAGGGAAGGCACCGGAGCUGGUGAGGGGUCUGGAGCACAAGUCUGGUGAGGAGCGGCUGAGGGAGCUGGGGGUGUUCAGCCUGGAGAAGAGGAGGCUGAGGGGAGACCUUCUGGCUCUCUGCAGCUCCCUCAAAGGAGGGGGCAGCCAGGGGGGUCGGGCUCUUCUCCCAAGUAGCAAGUGUUAGGAUGAGAGGAAACAGCCUUAAGUUGUGCCAGGGGAGGUUUAAAUUGGAUAUUAGGAAGAAAUUUUACACUGAAAGGGUUGUCAAGCAUUGGACCAGGCUGGCCAGGGCAGUGGUGGAGUCGCCCUCCCUGGAGGGAUUUAAAAGACGCGUAGGUGUGGUGCUGGGGGACAGGGUGGAGUGCUGGGCUGGGGAGUGUCAGGUGAACAGUUGGACUCGAUGAUCUCAGGGGUCUUCUCCAACCUAAAUGAUUCUGUGAUUCAGAGAACUUCAGAAAUGGUUGUAGCUUACAAGAUGGAUUUGUACGCGCACCAGUUACAGCAGAGACAAGUGGCU